AUGCUUACGAGCGUCCGCCGACCCAUGGCCUCGCUGGCAAUGCUGGCAGCCCUGGUGCUCGCCCUGGUCGCCGUACCCGUCGCAGCCGAACACACGAGCAACUGGGCUGUCCUCGUCGGGACGUCGCGCUUCUGGUUCAACUAUCGCCACAUGUCCAACGUGCUGGCCAUGUACCGGACUGUCAAGCGACUGGGAAUUCCCGACUCACAGAUCAUCCUCAUGCUGCCCGACGAUAUGGCCUGUAACCCGCGCAACUCGUUCCCCGGCACCGUGUACAGCAACUCGGACCGCGCCGUCGACCUGUACGGCGACAACAUCGAGGUCGACUACCGCGGAUACGAGGUGACGGUCGAGAACUUUAUCCGCCUCCUGACAGACCGUGUCGGUCCCGAUAUGCCGCGGAGCAAGAGGCUGCUCACCGACGACAGGAGCAAUAUCCUCAUCUACAUGACUGGCCACGGCGGCAACGAGUUUCUCAAGUUCCAGGAUGCCGAAGAGAUUGGCGCUUGGGAUCUGGCUGAUGCGUUCGAGCAGAUGUGGGAGAAGAAGAGAUACCACGAGAUCCUCUUCAUGAUCGACACCUGCCAGGCCAACACAAUGUUCAGCAGGCUCUAUUCCCCCAACAUCAUCGCCACCGGGUCCUCGGAGCUCGACCAGUCGUCCUACUCACACCACGCCGACAACGACGUCGGCGUCGCCGUCAUCGACCGCUUCACCUACUACAACCUCGAGUUCCUCGAGUCCCAGGUCCGCGACAUCAACAGCCAAGAGACGAUUGGCAACCUGUUCGACAGCUACGACAUCGCCAAGAUCCACUCCAACCCCGGCAUGCGCUACGACCUGUUCCCCGGCGGCGCCGACACCGCCCGCUCCCGCCUUAUCACCGACUUCUUUGGCAACAUCCAAAAUGUCGAGGUCGACCGCACCGGCGACGCUCAGUUCGAUGAGGAGCUCCUCGAGCUUAGCAAGACCAUCGCCGUCCUGCAGAAGCGCGCUGACGAGGAGGAGCAGGGCAAGCUGGACAAGGCUGCCGCUGCCGCUGCCGCCAAGGGUGGUAAGGGAAACACUACUGCCAGUGUUCCUGCUGGUGCUGUCCCGACCGCGUCAUCUCCCAACAACAAGAUGAAGGGUGCUACUUCCCUCACCGACGAUAGCUGGUGGACCAGAAAGGCCAUUGGUGCCACGGCUCUUGUCGGAUGUGUCGCUCUCUGGGGUCUUGGAUCAUUGAUGGAAUAG